AGACAAAAAGGCCUCAAAAUCAGAUCUUUAAGCAAAAGCAAAGCCUCACCUUCUCAUCUCUUCUCGUUUCGUUGUUCAAUUCUCAAUCAUCUAUUUCUGUCAAGUAGUGGAGUAUCUUGUCUUGAUUAGCCUGCUGUGCUCGGCUUGAUCUAACCAGAAUCUUUUCUACCUUCAUUCUACCAACUAUGUGGAGGUUCAAGCCAUUUAUGCAAAAAGAGCCAGCAGGGCUCGAGGGCAAAUCCCUUGAUGUGUCCAAUCUUAAACUUCAUGUUCGCAAUGCCAUCGCCGAGGGGGGCUUUUCUUGUGUCUACUUAGCUAAGGAUGCUCUACAUGCUUCAAAGCAGUACGCCUUGAAGCACAUCAUAUGCAACGAUCAGGAGUCCUUGGAUUUGGUCAUGAAGGAGAUCUCUGUCAUGAAAUCACUACAAGGACAUCCAAAUGUUGUCACACUUUAUGCUCAUACUAUUUUGGAUAUGGGAAGGACCAAGGAAGCGCUCCUUGUCAUGGAAUUUUGUGACAAAUCUCUUGUUAAUGUCUUGGAGACCAGAGGAGCUGCCUAUUUUGAGGAGAAACAGGUUCUUACCAUUUUUAGGGAUGUGUGCAAUGCAGUCUUUGCAAUGCAUUGCCAGUCCCCACCAAUUGCUCACAGAGACUUGAAAGCUGAGAACCUUUUGUUGGGUUCCGAUGGAGUAUGGAAGUUAUGUGAUUUUGGGAGCACAUCUACCAAUCACAAGCGUUUUGAGAAGCCUGAAGAGAUGGGUAUAGAAGAAGACAAUAUCAGGAAGCACACCACACCCGCCUAUAGAGCCCCUGAGAUGUGGGAUCUAUUUAGAAAAGAACUUAUAAAUGAAAAGGUGGACGUAUGGGCCCUUGGGUGUCUUCUCUUUCGAAUUUGCUACUUCAAGAAUGCAUUUGAUGGUGAAUCAAAGCUACAAAUCUUAAAUGGGAACUAUCGUAUUCCAGACUUACCUAAGUACAGCUCUUCAGUUAGAGACCUAAUCAAAGACAUGCUUCAAGCUUCACCUGUUGACAGACCUGACAUCACGCAGGUCUGGUUUCGUGUUAAUGAGCAGUUGCCUGUUGGUCUACAGAAGUCCUUACCUGAUCAGCCACCUGAUAUGCCAUCUAUUGAAGGUGUUCCAAGGUCUGCAAGUAGGUCACCUCAGAUGCCUCGUAGAAGUCCUCCACCACCACCAUCUGUGGAACCAGGUAGAAAUACAUCACAGCCUGGCUCAAGGGCAAGUGGCGGACAGCUUGGUGCUUUCUGGUCCACUCAGCAUGCAAAGGACUCAACUGUUGCCGAAGACAAGAGCAGACCCAAAUUUGAUGAAGAUCCCACUAGCUAUAGCUCAAUGAAACAUGACAGGAAUCAUCCUGAAAAUCACCCUUUACCCAAAAAUAGUAGCCCUGUGAGAGGGGAAAAUAUACAAACUCAUUCUAUACGAAGAAGUGUGCCUGAUAAAUCACACAAACUCGAUGAUGGCCCUUCGAAAGAUUUUGAAAUAAAAUUUUUUGAGGAUAAAGAUACCACCACUACUUUUCAAGACGAGGCCUUUAACACCUUUGUUGCUGAAUUUGAUACCAAUAAGAUUAGUUCUGGAAUUAAUGUUAAAAAAACAGGAAAAGAAGAAGCAUUAGAGGCUGAAAUAGAGAGGCUGAAAGAACAGCUACAGCAAUCUAACUUGGAGAAGGUUGAGAUGACUUCCAAAUUUGAAAAGUUAUCUGCAAUCUGUCGAUCUCAGAGGCAGGAGAUACAGGAGCUCAAGCAAGCGCUAGCUGCUAGAACUCCAUCUCCAAAUAAAAGUACUUCAAUAAAUCAGAACUUACCUGGAAGUCAUCAUGCUGGAAGUGUGCAGAGGGAGAAGGUUGAAGGAAAAUUGUGGGAAUUCCCACAAGAAAAAUCUGCUGAGUGGACUACUGCCAGCCCAGAAGCAAAGCCGUGGCAGGCUUUUUCUGAGGAUGCCAAACCGCAGCAGCAGUCUCUUUCAAAGGAUAAUGUCCGGUCGGUUAGAACCAGAAAUGGUCACUCAAACAAGCAUGUUGCUGAAGCAACUUCUGGAUUGGACACAUGGAGUUUUGGCACAGAUAGCUUUACAGCUGCUCCUGCUGCCAGUCCCCAGAGAUUGAAACCAAUGAGUGAAGGAAGUAGUUCUCAGCGCUUUGGUGAGUCAAUGAUCAAGGAGAAUCAUCCAACUUCCCAACCUGCUGGGUGGGCUGGUUUCUGAUUUAGUAAGUUAUGAUUUAUGAGGAGUUGUCUCCUCACAAUGUUAUGUUUAAUACUUGUGGUUGGAAAGAUGAGGAAAAAGAGAAUUUGAAUUGUGUGGCUUGCCGGGCUUGUUUUUUACUGUUGAUUGUCUGUGUGCAAUAGAACAUCUGCACAUUUUUUCUGGGCGAAGCAGCAAAUACAAAAUGUAUACUUUUUCUGCA